UAAUCAAUUACUUUGGUUAAAUAUCUAAUCUCUGCAUUCUUGAAAAACGCAAUUCUAAAUAAAGUUUUAAAGCCUUUUUGCAGAAGGACCAGUUUUGAACAAAUAUGGCGUGUAUAAAGUUGGUACUGUGUCCUGGUGUGAAAUUGAGGUAGUUAUUCAAUAUGGUUACACAGCCAAAUAUUUCACUAAUAAACAAGAAUACAGCCUAAUUUUUUCGUCAAGGAUACCAAAAAUGUUCACAUUAGCAUAAGCACAAAAGUCAAUCAUUAUUUUCAUGGUUAAGCCAGUUUUCUGGAAACAUCCAAAUACGAAGCAGUAAAUAAUUCAACAAUAGCAUGUUGUAAUAAAAUCUUAAACAUCAUGUCAUAUAAUUCAUGUAUUGUCACGUCAUACGUGAACGAAACAGAUGGUUUUGUGAACAAUGCGUGAGUCAGGCAUUGUGCUCUUUACACUUCAAUAGUCGGUCAGUGUAACCCCUUGCUGAAUCCGGUAUCGGCCGGAGCAAUGUACGCCAUUUUUUGUUGAAAUAAGUUGCGCUGUAUUGACAUUGCAUUCCAACUUUCCAAUAGAACUUUAGAAAGAAAUUUAUUCUUCUCCAUCAAUUGUUUCCAUAAAAAGUGUCCCACUUCGUGUUUUCAGCGAAAAUUACGCACAGCCCCUUGUGGAAUAGCUCAAAAAUUCAAAUAAAUUAAUUCAUGCAGUCAUUACCGGGUUGUAAUACUCAAAAUGAUGGCCAAGGGAUUCUCAUACAAAGUACGAAACAAAGACCAGCGCAUGCUUCAUAUUUUUUUUCCGAACCGAUUCUAUUACAAAAGUAGCAACAUAUUGUGUAUUCGAAUUGGCAUCUGUGGCGUGUCGUAAAAAUCAAGGUCACUAUUAAGAUCGAGAAAAUCGUGUGUUACAGUAAUUAAAUGUAUCGUUAAGCACUACGUAAGGCACUCGCAUGUUUCCAAAGUAUGCACUUAAAUCUACAAGACGCCUUAAGAUAUUCAAACGCGGCUUAGUUUUCGGCAAACAUUGUGAUCUCAGGACCGUUAUUAAAGUUUGCAUCAGAGGCCCAAUAGGGUUGAUGCAUGCCUGGCCAGUAGGAUUGUCUGAAAGGGUUACUGCUUCCCUGAUAUACAGUGGGCAAAGUCAGAAACAACAACUCUGAAACUUCUUUCUCUCAAACCAAAGCGAGCGGAGUAAUUUGAUGAUAUCCCAUGCGAAAACAAGUAAGUUCCGGUAGCGGAAGGGAGUGUCGGACUUCUACAGACUAUGUUCCACUCAUGUUCCUUCCAUUGCUCUUCGUGUACCGGGGCUAAGGUAAGCCUUUCGGACAAUCCCGCUGCCCCGACGGGCGAACUAGUUUAUUCGCAGUAUUUUGGUAGUAAAAAAGAGGUCAAGUAUUCCGAUGCAUCCACGCCUAUUUCGCCUCAUAGGCGUGGAUAAAAGUAAGUAUAUUCAGUCGAGGUCAAUAAGUGUCGUAUCGGCUUCUGGCUAACCUCCGAAUGCAGUUUCAUCUAUAGCUAAGCUAGUCAAUGACUUGCCGAUAACUGCUCGCAACAGACCUUGUACUAUUCAAGUAGGAAUCGAGAAGUACCUCCCUAAUAACUAUUACUUCGUAACUAAGUUAUUGAAAUUCCACCCGAUCGACAUAGCCUGGCUGUUUCAAGGUUCGAUGUCGACAAACCCCUUGUACCUCCAAAUCGUGCAGAAUUAGGUACUUCCAUAGUAAACAUCCUUACUUUUUUUACUGCCGUGUCGUGUUUAUGCCCAAGCCAUUAAAAGUAUACGUCCUCUUUGGCUGCGUUCUUUGUUUGAUAACAAUGUUUGUUGUCAUAGACACCAGUCGAUUCUGUUUUUCUGAUAACUCACUUUGUAUUUAUUAUCGGUUAAUUAUAUUGUGGCAAUUAUCGUUUUAAAUUGGAAACAUUAGUAUUGUGAAUGAAUACAAAUGUAUGGCUGAUUAAUUUCUUUGGAAUUUUAUUCGUAGAACGAUUCGUUUCGCUGUUAAUAACCUUGACCGGCCAAAGCAUAGCACAUCGCGCGCUGUCCCACUGCUAUGGUGAUGUCGUGCGCCGGCAUGGGCGACGCCGUGCUCCGGGAGCGGCUGCCGACGCUGUGGCGCCGCAUCGAGGACGCGCACUACAGCUACCUCGAGACCGACGACAGCCCUGAGAAACUGCAGCAGAAGAAGAAACUCGAAGAUUACAUAAUAGAAUACCUAUCGCUAGUGCCUCACGAAAGCAAGUUCGGUCUGACGGAGACGAAACAUAAAGAAUACGAGAUUUUUAAUUUUGAACCUUAUGCCGUUGUUACAGAUUACAUAAUAGAAUACCUAUCGCUAGUGCCUCACGAAUGCAAGUUCGGUCUGACGGAGACGGGCAAGGUGUUCCAGCGCACCGUGAACGAGCUGCCGGAGUUCAGUGCGUACCGCGCGGGGCUCGGGUGGGCCGCGCUCGCCAGGUACGCGGCCAACCUACUGGCCCAGCCCUGGAGGAAGGAGUACAGAGUUAUACGGCUAUACUGUGGUUACUACAAGCACGAAGUCGAGGCGAACAUGGUGGGCGCCGAGAUCCUCCUCCAAGCCAUGGGCUACAAGCCCGCGGGCGCGGGGAAGAUGGAACUGGACGCGCCGAUCUGCCCGGACAUGGUCGCCGCUGUGUCCAGGGACGCUCUCAUCGCGCAGUGUGAAUGUCAGAUAAUGUCUCACAUGUGGGAGGCGACGUGGUCGCGGGGCGUGCGCGUGUCCUGGCGUGACAUCUGGCUCGAGCGCACGCGACCCUCAGGAGCGCUGCAAGACCGUGUCAACAACAUCUAUGCCGACGGUGCCGAAAUUUACUCAAACGUACCGGUAACAAAUCCCUCGGACGCGUACCGCAACCGAGUAGUGGACAGCAGGUACCAGGGCGCGGCGCACUGCAACCACAUGUGCGACGAGACCGAGCACGGCCUGAGCCCUCAGGUGGCGUGUCCGCAGUACGUGGGCGGCGGCGCCAUGCUGCCUCCCGUCAUGUUCCCGCUGGGCGCGGAGCUGGCGCCCGCCUGCAGCGCGGUGCCCGUCCUGUCCCCGUACGGCGUCCCCUACUACUACCCCGUGCAGGCCCCCUACAUGCUGCCCACGCCCGUGUACGCGCCCAUCAAGCACGCCGCCACGGUCCCCGUCAACGGUUACCCCCCGCUGCCGCAGUACAGGUACCCCGCUGUCCCCACCGCACAACUCAUCGAACUCGACACCCCAUCGGUCUACGAAAACGGAAAAUUCGAGAGGUACAAGGAUGAUGAGCGAAGUCACAAGAAAAACAGACAUCUUGAAGCCUCCAGAAGAAAUAGCACGUCGAAGUCAGGUCUGAGUGACGUAUCCCUGCCGAGUCUGCCGCGGUCCGACACGCAACCUGCCCUCAGCAAAGCGAGGGAAGACGGGAUGGGCACCUACGAGAGUUGGGAUUAUGUCUUUAGAAAUUUGUCAAGUAAAGAGCAGGAGGGUGACGUCAGAAGUCGAUUUUCCCCAUCUCUGGACAGAGAUUCGAGGACGCUCGAUAGGUUAGACAGAGAGGAGAGGAGGGUAAAGUAUCAGCCGACGACGCUUGACCUCGAAGACGGCUUACAAGCGCUCAACCUCGACAGAACAUACGACGAAGAAGUUUACAGAACAGCGAAAGUGAACGAGAAUCUGAUGAGGAUGAAACAGGAACAAGAGUUAAAAAGGGCGAAGCAAUUGGCGAAGAAGCAUUCUGAUGAGAGGAAAGUGAAGAGACAAGUGCCGGAGCCGAUCGGACACCCGAAGGCUGAAGCUUUAAUAACACCUAAAGUAGCGCCGGACAAAGUGAAGCUGCUUAGUAAAAAGGACAUUAAAGAUAGGAAGGAGGUCAUAAAACAACAGACGACAGUGAACGGAUCCGUAUCGACUGCGGCCGAAGUCAAGAAAGUCAAGAAACCAGUCAAGCUGGUCGCUCUGGAGGUGGAGAAGUCCAAGAGCAAGGAGAAUGGAGUACACACAACGGGGCACAGCUCCAGGAGUAAUCCAGCAUCAAACGCAAAUCCACAAAACUACGACUUAAAAGCACAACUAAUAGUGUCACUCGACGAAACCGACCACGCUAGGAGGUCGCCGCCGAAACAGCCUCAACAAAAUGGCGACCGCGAGCGAACGGUGAGCAGAACAUCCAGCCAACACAACAGCGAUCGUGACAGACAAGACGUAGGCACCAGUGAGGUGAGGGACAAGUGGGAGUGCGGGACCUGUACUUAUUUGAACAAGGGGAGUUUGUUCGCGUGUGAGAUGUGUGGUAAGUCUCGUCGUGGGCCGGAGAUCCAGCCGCUGCGGUCAGGCGGACGCGAGUGCCCCGCCUGCACGCUCGUCAACGACCGCGCCGCCGCCCGCUGCGACGCCUGCGCUACCAGCCUCGACCACUGCCCGACGUACAUCUAACCACCAUGUUUGGGGACCGCCUGGCGGGCUGCCAGUCUUGUUUUGUUUAUAAAUCCUUGUCCCGUCAUAACGAAUGUGUAAAAGGGCGCUAUUUGUAAAGGGACUCUUGGAGAUGAAAUUUGAACGACGACAAUGUUUUUGCAUGCUAUAAAGGUCUAAUUCCAAAUAACCAAGUUUUCAAAUAGCCCCAUUUUACUAUACUUGUGACGUCAUCGAACUUACCGGGUUGCCAACAUAAAUCUAAUCAUUUGUUUAGUAUUAUUUUUAUGACAUUACUAUAUUAUAUGAUAGCACAAUUUUCUUUUUUACUAUUAUUCGCAGCUAGCUGCAGUUUGUAGUUUAUUUAAAUAUUCGAAUAGGAAAGUUUAUGCACAUUAUAAAUGUGUUGUUUCGCAGCUGUAGCAGAUGUUUAUUGGAGCAUUAAAUUAAUCAUAUCGGUAUAUUUACAAAUCCCAAGGGUUCCUCAAAUUGUUUAAUCAUUAUUAAGUAUAUGAAUGUUGAAGUGAUAUGAGCAUCGCGUUAUAAAAGAUGAUUGCACAGAAGCAUAUUUUUAAAUGGCUAUGUUAAAUUGUUGUAUUAAAAUUGUCGACUUUAAAUUGAGCCAUGAAAUAUGCGGUUUCUUAAUGAACAUCGGUAACGCUUUGUCGUAAUAACAUUGAUAUUGUACCGUUAAGAAUUGUAAUUCUCAUAUUGUAUUAUUUGAAAGUUUAGAUCUCAAUCUCAAUGAGAAAUUUAGAACGAAAACAUUGAAUGUAGCAAUAAUUAGUGACUUGAAACCUAAUAUUGGGCGUUGACUGAAAUGUUUUGGCUCAGAACCGCUUAUUCCAUGGCCCUAAACCAUUUUAUGUUAUAUUUGCUCAUAAAAUUAUUUAACCUUCAGAUGUAUUUAAUACAAGUUGAUGUAAUAAUAAACUUUAUGUCACGUAGUAGUUACUAAACUAUCAACCGGCUUCAAAAAGGUGGACGGUCUCAAUUCGUCUGUAAUUUUUAAAUAUUUGAUGCCAUUAAAAAAGUUUGUACUGAGUGAACCGAUUUCGAUUCUUUCUUAAUUUAGCUGAAAUUGUUCAUAAAACCUUCAUCAAGUUUGACUCACUAGUUUUGAUCUGAAGUCGGUUGUUUAUUUUGUUGUUAAAACAAAUAUUAUUUUGAUUAUAUCGCUUGACAGGGUAACGAUUGAAAUGUGUGAAAAUUUUAAACUAACGACCAUUGGUUACGUUUGUCGGCGAGAUCCGCGAGGUAUCUCGAACUUGUAGGAUUUAUGAUUGUAAUAAUAGUGUUCGUUUAUUCGCCUUCUAAUAAUGCUUUAAUGAUAGUUGAGAUAGAUCGAAAACGCUUUUUCGUUUUAUUAUUACAUAUAAUAUAAAUUAUAAAUUAUUGAUCUGUGUAUAUAAUUGUUAGAGUUUGUAAA